GUGAUGAAAAAAGCAGACAUGAUCAACAAAAAUAUGGUUCAUCAGGUCCAGGCAGAGAGGGAUGCAUUGGCUCUCAGUAAAAGUCCUUUCAUUGUGCACUUAUACUACUCACUUCAGUCAGCUAAUAACAUCUAUUUAGUGAUGGAGUACCUUAUUGGUGGCGACGUCAAAUCUCUUCUUCAUAUUUAUGGAUAUUUUGAUGAAGAAAUGGCUGUUAAGUAUAUUUCUGAAGCAGCGUUGGCUCUUGACUAUCUUCACAGGCAUGGGAUAAUCCACAGGGAUCUGAAGCCAGACAAUAUGCUCAUUUCUAAUCAGGGCCAUAUAAAGCUGACAGACUUCGGGCUUUCCAGAGUUACUUUGAACAGAGAGAUCAAUAUGAUAGAUAUCCUUACUACACCAACGAUGGCAAAGCCAAAACAAGACUACUCACGUACUCCAGGACAAUUGCUGUCUCUCAUCAGUUCUCUGGGGUUUUAUACUCCUGUUAGAAUGAAAACGCCACACUGCCAUUCAAGUCAGUCAUCUGACAGUCUGCAUGGAAUGGUUUCUCCCUUACCUAUGGUCCAAAAGGAAAAUACUCCCCUUUCAACUAAAUUAUUCAAAACAUAUCUUGAUACUUCUCAACUAACUCCUGUGAUGCCAGUGAGAAGUUUAACUCCUGUUCUACUUCAGUCAAGAAAAAGGUUUGGUACCUCCAGUGCCAGUAGUCAGUCGCACACGUAUGUGUCCAGUAUGGAAUCAGAAUGCUGCAGCAGCCCCAGGUGGGAGAAAGAUGUAGAGCCAAAUGAAGAUGAAGCAUGUUCUGCAACAGGCAAAACAACUAACAGUGGGUCAGCUCUCCUUUCAAGUGUAGAAUUCUUGAAUAGCAAAGGUAUUAAAGUGUUAAAGAAAAAAGAACUGGAGUCUGCCAUUUCUCCUAUCAGCAGCAAUGAUUCCAGCAGUAGGCAGAAGCUGGGAAAUGAACAUUCUGAUGUAACAGGUACUCCCAUCACCACACUAGAUGUGAAAGGCAUGGUUAGAAAAUGUCUUUCUGAAAAUAAGGUUUGGGAAGAAAAACUCUCUGUAAGUAAAAGAGAUAUGGCUAAUGAAACAGCAGAAACCUCCAGUCAACAGCGGUCGCCUUCACGACAGAAUGAACUGGUCAAGCCUAUCAAAGAGGAAGAAAUUUUUGAGAAGCCAGGUGUAAAAAGAAGCUUUGAAUUAGUUGACACUAGUCCUCGUGAGGAACUUAACUAUGUUAAAAAAAGCAACGCAGAAUAUAAACGUGGCUGUCAAAUCGCAGAAUUUCCAGCAAAUAAAAGGACAGGUUUGACAACAGAAAUUCGAUCCUUAAUGCUUUGUGACGAUGGGCACCUGCGUGACGCCUGCAAAGGCAAGGAAGAAGUUAAGAGUCUUACUGGUCACCAGCAAACUGCAGAAAAAUUACUUACUCCAACUAUAGCUAAAAAUCUUAUGUGUGAUCUGGAUGCAGACUCCGAAAAGGAUGAUAAAAAGGAGUACAUGAACUCAAGUUUUUUAGGCACUGAUGAUGAAAAACCUUUAGGAAUCCUUAGUGCAGAUUCUGACUUAUCGUUUCCUGAAAUGUCUGUUACAGAAAGCCAUUUAGAAAAGCAGCUUACAGAUUUGGACAAAAGUGUUAAAGAUCUUUCAUUUGAGGAACCAAAACCAGAAGGUGCACUAAUAACGUCACCUGAGUCCCAAGAUGCCUCACAAAACAGAGAGGAAACCUGUGCUGUCCAGCACUGCAAGCUGUUAUGUCCUGAAAACGAUAAGAACGAAAAAUGUGUAAAAGAAACUUACCUUGAAACAGUACCGUCGUCCUCAGAAAAGAUGAUGGAAGCAUUGAAUCUCUUAAAAAAAAAUGCUGUUGUUUUUCGAAGUUAUAAUAGUCCAAUUAAUAUAUCUAAUGUAUCUGAGCCAUGUAGCAUGACUUCCUUAGAUAUAAUGGAUCUUUCACCUGCUUGUAGUGGCUCUUACCCAACAGCUAUUACUCCAUUACAGAAAGGAAGACCCUAUCGAGUCUACCAGACACCUCAUCAGGGAGACACUGGCACACCAUAUAGGACUCCGAAGAGUGUAAGAAGAGGAGCUGCCCCAGUAGAAGGCGAACGCAUCCUAGGGACCCCAGACUACCUGGCACCUGAGCUGCUUUUGACACAGCCUCACGGUUCAGCUGUAGACUGGUGGGCUCUUGGAGUUUGUCUGUUUGAGUUUCUAACUGGAAUUCCUCCUUUUAAUGAUGAAACACCAACACAAGUCUUCCAAAAUAUUUUGAAAAGAGAUAUUCCCUGGCCUGAAGGUGAAGAAAAGCUGUCUGAUAAUGCCCAAAAUGCAAUAGAUAUUCUUCUAACAAUUGACAGUACUAAGAGAGCUGGACUGAAGGAACUGAAACAUCACCCUCUCUUUCAUGGUGUGGACUGGGAUAAUCUACAGAAUCAAACUAUGCCAUUUAUACCUCAGCCUGAUGAUGAAACUGAUACCUCGUACUUUGAAGCUAGGAAUAACGCUCAGCACCUGACAGUGUCUGGAUUUAGUUUAUAG